AUGUUUAAGCCUUCAGAAAAGAAGAAGAGGAAGGUGCCAAAAAAGGUUCUGUCUGAAGUUCAGCUGCAAAAGCAGGCGGAAAAGAGGCGCAAGGCUAUUGAGCGUGAAAUCAGUGCUUCCAUAAAAUCCAAGUGCGAGCAGUAUAUGUUUUGCCAUGUCAGCCGACGAAUUUUUGAUGAAUUCCCAGAAACAGAAAUUCGAACACGCAUGCUUUUUGCGGAAAGGAAUAUUCACGAACAGUUGAUUUGUGACGAGGAUCGGCCUGAUAUGCAAGUGCUAUGGUAUCGUAAAUGUAUUGAAGCAGUGGAGGCUGAUGGCGCAGUGGACAAGCGCGAAUACUUUGUGAGUUUUGAAACUCGCAGCCCAUGA